AUGGCUAAGGCUCUUUCUUCAAAACAAAAGCAAAUCUUAGUUGAUUUUGUAUAUGAUAGACCGGAAAUGUACAAGGGAAAAUUUACAUCCACCUAUACGCAUGCUGUUAGCAUGGUCCUGUGGAAACAAGUAGCUUCCAUAUUAAAUGCCAUCCCCGGAGGCGCAAAUAAAGAGUGGACGCAGUGGCGGAAGACAUGGGUAGACUUAAAAAAACAAGUAAAGAACAAAAAAUCUAAAGAAAAACAGCAUAUUUAUGGAACAGGAGGGGGUCCUCCAUUGCCACCAACAUUGGAAGAUGUAGAUAAAACUACUGAUGAAAAAAUUUUUGAGAUAAUUACACCAGUUGCUUUCGAAGGAAAUAGGGAUGUUCCAGAGCCGCAAAUUGUUUUUGAGGAAUUCUUAAUCCCAGCCCCAGCUGAUAAAAAUACGGCAGCUAUAGAUACUAACAAUGUGAUGGACACCGAGGAUGCUACAAGAAAUGCUGUUGCUAUUAAUACAAAUCAUGAAACUACCCCUAGUCGAAGCACAGGAACUAGUAAAAAAGUCACAAAAUCUGGGCAAAUUGGAGCAUCUCUUCGAAAUAACCAAAAUUUUCUUGCUAUCAGCGAAAAAGGUAUAGACUCAACAGAGAGAGAGCAAGCUGCAAAUAAUGAAGCGAAACUCUGA